AGAAAGACUGCUUCUCUGAAAGAAUAAUAGCCGGAUGAUGCGAUUGGCUGGCGAAUUGUUCUACAAAAAAGCAUCUAGUGGUUUUUUCAUAUUAAACGCCUAAGUCCAUUCUGAUUUAAGAUAUCAUCUGAAGUUUUCCUAGUUCAAUUCAUUCCAGUUGCUUAGCUUGUUUGCCUAAUCUAUUUCAUUGAGUUAAAAAAUUGUUAUCGAAUUUUUUUAUUAACAAGCUGAAGUCACUUUUUUAUAAAAUUCGGCAGUUGAAGAACUUUUUGGAAUUUGAGGAAUUUUUGCUCUCGUCUCCAGUUUAGUUCAUUGUUUAUUUAUCCUUCCCAUUUUAUGAGAAGGAAUCGAAUUGAAACUUUCCCUUUUGUGGAAGUUUGAGACUUCAUAACAUUUUUGUCUUCGAAUCGAAAUUGAUUAUUUUAUUGAACUGUUUUUUGGAAGUAUGACUACUUUUUUUGGUACAUCUACAGUCAUCUAUGAGAAUUGCUUUAAACUACUUCUCUAAAACACUCCUAAAGAUCUUUCAAACUAUUUUCUAAAGCUCUCGAAAAAUGCCGAGUGCGGAGUGAGAAGUUUUUUACUUUAUAAUUCAUAACAAACUUUUGUUUUUUCCGAUUCUUCGAGUUACUCAUUUAAAGUUAGUUUACUUGGUUUAAAUUCGAACCAUGACUCUGACAGUGAACUUGUCGUCUAACGUAUCUUUCGGCGGAGUGGGCACUGGCAGUGACAGUGACAGUGACGGCGGUGGUUCGGUGGGGGGCGUGGCGGGGGGUGAAUCGACUUACGACCGACUGUCCUCGUGGGACGAUGCCACCUGGAUCCUCACCUCCACCUUCAUCAUCUUCACAAUGCAGAGUGGAUUCGGCCUCCUAGAGAGUGGGUCUGUGAGUAAGAAGAAUGAGUCCAACAUCAUGGUGAAGAACAUAGUGGACGUGGUGUUCGGGGGACUGUCCUACUGGAUGUUCGGCUAUGGACUCAGCUUCGGCCCCAAAUCUCUCUAUGGAGUAGUGGCAGUUGGGGAUUUCUUUGUCACCACCAGCGAGCUCGAACUCAUAGGCUACAAGUACUCCAAGUUCUUUUUCCACGCCAGCUUCGCCAGCACGGCCACCACCAUCGUGUCGGGUGCGAUGGCGGAACGAGCCAACUUCAACUCGUACAUCGUGUUCUCCUUUGUCAACACUGUCAUCUACGCUCUGCCUGCCCACUGGAUCUGGCACGAGGACGGCUGGCUGCACCAGCUGGGGGCAGUAGACUAUGCCGGCAGUGGCGCUGUGCACCUGGUGGGCGGAGUUACAUCUCUGGUGGCCGCCUUCCUCCUCGGACCCAGGACGGGCAGGUUCGACUCCAGCUGCAAGCACAAGUUCGAACAGAUGGGAAAUCCCAUCAACGCCGUCCUAGGACUCUUCAUGCUCUGGUGGGGGUGGCUGGGGUUCAACUGCGGCAGCACGUACGGGGUGGCAGGGGGAAAGUGGAAGUUGGCUGCCAAAUCUGCAGUGACCACAAUUAACUCCUCAAUUGCGGCUGGAGCUGUCUCUUUUCUGGUCAGUUUUGUCAUCAAACGGAGCUUCGACAUUUCAUUCAUAACCAAUGGCAUUCUGGGAGGACUAGUCUCCAUCACAGCCAUGUGUCCCCUGGUGUCGCCAGCUGAAGCCCUGGCCGUGGGUGGGGUGGGGGCGCUGAUUGUGAUUGGGGCGAUGCAGGUGGUCAAGUGGUGUCACAUAGAUGACCCUGUGGGUGCCAGUGCAGUGCAUGGCUGUGGAGGACUGUGGAGUCUAAUUGCGGUCGGACUGUUCUGUGCCAGUGAUCCGACAGAGGAGCAACUCGUGCAGACAGAUGGCUUGCUGCACAAUGGAGGCUUCUUCCUCCUUGGAGUGCAAUGUCUCUACGCCGUCUGCUGCAUCGUGUGGACCAUUGUGAUGACAACUUUGAUCAUGCUCCCACUCAAAUACACAAUGGGGCUGCGGGCCUCCUUCCCCACUGAGGUAUUCGGGGCGGAUCUGGUGGAACAUGCCAUCCACGGCUCCUUCGACCACAACAAGGGCGACAUUUUUGACAUAGAUGGCAACAAAUUCGCCACUAUUCCCAAAAACGCCACGUUCGAUCAGCUUGAAAGUAUACACUGCCGUUUUCUGCUGCAUAACAUGACAUGUAGUUUGCGGAAGAAAAGCCGGUGCGCCAACACGCAAGAUCUACUCAUGCAAAUAGAGGCGAUGCAACCGGAACACCUCAUGCAGAGUGGACUCAACGGAGCAUCCACCGAUCGAAUGGUGGUGGGGCCAGGAAGCACAGUUUCCAAUGGAGUUGACAAGGCGCUGAGACGACUGCAGGGAAAUUACCCGAGCUCAGAGCACAUUGAAGGAUCCUCUCAUCAGAGCUUGAGCCUGGUUAUUUCUGGACAGAAUUCCCCGACAGUCCAGAUCAGGAAUUUAAACAACGUGGCUAAUUUAGAUGCGGAAGAGGAAAUGGUGGUUGCAACCAAGUUUUGAGACGGGAGACUCACUGUUCAAAAUAGUUGAAACGUGUAAAUUUAGCUGAAUCUUUUAUAUUUGUAUGACUUUUUGUUUUAUAGGUAUCUCCCUUUUCUUUUCACCAACAUAGUACGGAAUCAAAUACUCUAAUUGAUUACAAUGGGCCAAUUAGCCAAGGUUACUUAGCGGGCAUACAUUCCACCUUUAGAACAAAAACUUCUUCGAUAGAUAGUUUUCAUAGCUGAAGUUGAUAUCGAUGCUUUUGGACAAAUCUGACUGACCUCAUAUUCGAUGUACACAUACUAACUUUGUCGAAAAUGCGCUUUAUAUAUUAAUUUAGAAACUUGU